AUUGCAACAGGGAAACUCAUUGAUUCUGCUUACCCUCCUCCCUCGCGGCCUUAUGAACAACACCUUAACAUCACGUUUUACUUAAACAGGAGGAUGAAGUUUCUAUUUGUGCUAUCGCUGAUGCUGUGUUACAGUUCAGCUCAGAGUGCUGAUUCACGUGAGUAUAUCGAACAGUCCAACCUAUGUGCAUGAGUGACUACCUUUCGUAAUUAAGCGACCAUCUAACCAAAACACCAAAACUUUCCCAGUGAAAGCCCUACAGUUGGAACCUCUAGUAAACCACCACCUCCUGUAAGCGACUGCGACCACUAUUUGGGUCUGACGGACGGUUUAAUGAUUUCCAUUGGUUUUAACCUCUUGUAAGCGACCACUUCAUGGUCUUUCAAGCGUUGUCUGAUCUCUAUUUUGGCAGUGUGAACUAUGCUAAUAGGAAUAUACGGAGAACUUUAGCAAAACAAGCUGUGUUCGGACAUCUCCUUAAAGCGGCCAUUGAGUCUGCAUUUUUGUGCUCUCUUAUGGGGGUUCGCAUGCAUUUUUAUCGCGCAGAAUAUGUGACCCCUAUAUUUUUCUCCUAUCCGUCCACCCAAUCAGUUGACAUGGAGAAAACAGAAACUAGUGUUUAACUACCAAACAUCGGGCGACUUUUCUUCUUUAAGUUUUUUUGUGGCAGUUUUCGAUAUCCACCUAUCGUGUUUAAAAACUCAAUCACCCUAGGUCAGAUUUGAUUUCAGGUAAAUAUCUUGUAAGUUUGCGACAUUGCAUUUUUAAACCAGUGGCAAAAUAGUGGGAUUUAGGAAAUUCGUUUUAAUUGGUAGAAAAAAGAACAUGGAGGGCGACACCUCAAAGUUCUCUAUUGAUUAAGAGAACACAAGUUGACGUGUGGAAUAUACAAUCUGAUUUUGUAGGAUGUGGUUCUGUGGUAAACAACAGCUUGACAAGUCCUGGAUUUCCAAGAAAAUACCCAAAUAACAUGCACUGUGUGUACAACGUUUCCAUUCCAUCAGGAAAGGCACUGAAGAUCAAUUUUUCAACUUUUGAACUGGAAUUACAUCCUCAAUGCGGGUAAGUAAUUUUUUUUGACAAUAGAGAGAUUUAGAGUCACGUUAACUGUAAACGGCAAACGUGAGAUUCAAGUUGAGCGUAUCUCAAAUAAAAAAAUAGCAGGUAAAAACAGCUCAAAGCAAUUCUUAUGGAUAAAUCUGGCGUGAAACAAUUUAUUUAACUUCUUUGUAGAAGUAAUGAACAGUAAACGUCAAGAAAAAAGAAAACUUGGUCACGUGGUACAGAUUCACUUUUGCCAUUUAAAGUUAACGUGACAGAUGUCAAACAAUUGAAAACCACUUAACUGACUCGGCUUUGGUAAGAGUAGAUUAGGAACUUGAGUUAAAGUGAUACUUAUUACUCUAAAACUUAACAUUUUUGUUGGUAAAAACAUACCCACAAAUUCCGAAGUUCGACUUGUACGCUGCAAGUUUGCGGAUCUGUGAUAUUACGCCUAUAAAUAGGGCAAAAUCAGGCUUCUAAAAACCCAGGCUGACAGGUAAGUAUAUCCCGCCAGGAAAAGCACUGACCAAUGAGAAUAGCCCUCUAAUUUUAAAAUAAAGAUAGACCUAGUUUCUGAAACUGAUAACACGAAGAAGAAUGUAAAACACACUGAUGCUCUUUAAUUCUUUUAAGAAUUAAAGAGUAUCUGCCAGUAAAUUAGCGGUCUGGUCGAUAUGGCGUGAAAAAUAGAUUUCGCUCAUUUCUUGUGCGUUGAAAGACUUUCAUGUACCUGUACUUAACGGCCACAAUCCGCUAGACUGUAUUUUUAAAACUCGAAUUUUUGAGACAAUUUUGGCUCACCUCAUCCAACGCUCGCUUUGUGCGGCUUAAAUCAAGGCUGAAAAUCAACAAAACUUUAAAUGUUGAUUUGGAAAGAAAUAGUAAUUAUUGAGUAAAAGAAAUAACACAAAAAGCCGUCAUAAUUUUGUUGACAUAACACAGCGUUUUCUGCCAACAUUGAGCACAAUUUGACCCCAUAGCAAGAUUUUAACGAUCCCCUUUCCUCACUGACAGAUCAAGUGGAGACGAACCACCCCCCAAAUGGGGUCCCAAAUGUGUCAUUUGCUCUCGCAGAAAAAAUUAAAGCAGAGUAACAUAUAUAGAAACCAUGAUAUUUUGUGAAAGAAUACUUCCGAAAAAAAUAUAAUUUCUACGAUUUCUUCGAUUUUUUCUUCUCCUAAAAUACUGCCUAAACAGUGCAUUCAUUAGUUAUUGACCAGGUGACAGCUUUUACUUCAUUAGUAUGGUAUUUCUGUUGUUUCGGCGCAGACGGCUCUCUCUCGAAAUGUUCCUAGCGGCAGAGAGCGAUGGGAGUCGGCUGUUUCGCAGCCUAAUGAACAAAAUUCAAACUAUUAUUUACAAAAUCGAAUGUUCGUUGCUGAUGCCCGUAGAUAGGCUCAAAAGGUGCAGAGACUUCUUACUGGCUAAACCGAGAUCUGACCAAUGAUAUGGUCUUUGAUCUGGAAAAUGCCAUAGCUUUUUUUAAAAUCCAAAUUAAGAUUUCACGCCUCAAGGCUUUUACGUGAGUUGAGAUAAGUGAAAUCCCUUUUACAGGCCUUAGUCAUCUGUGAGUAGGUCGAAAGCAAGAGAACAUAAAAGCCUUUUGUUUAACGUUAAUUGGUAUUCGUAGACGGCGGCAAUUCAGCUACUCGGGAGUGACUCAAGUGCAACAUAAAAUGAAAGAAUUUGAUCGUCGGCUUGAUAUUCCACAGAAACGUUUGGAGCUUCCUUAACUCCACCAUAAAGCACCACUCGCAAUUAGUUGAGGCGCGCAGUAGAACAUAAAAGGCUUUUAUGUUCUCUUGGCGGUUAGGGUUAUUUCUAAGAAUUUAACUGCCCUUGAAAAGUAAAAAACAUAUUUUUUCCUUUCUAGCUAUGAUUAUUUGAGGAUUGUAGAUGAUGACAGCAGAACACUUGGUACAUAUUGUGGGAGCGAACUUAGUGGAAAGGUAGUUUUGGUAAAUGGAAACUACGCAUUAAUAACAUUCCACUCUGGUGGUUCUGAACAACGCGUGGGAUUCCAGCUCACGAUGUCAUUUACUGAAAAUCAAAAUGGUAUGUUCAAAUAA